AUGAACGCAUGCAAAGGCUCUAUGUUCAAGAUUUAUCUGGUGUGGAGGGUCCGCAAGUCGAGUAUCAAGAAAGAAUCAAGCGUCAAGACGUACUGGAAGGUCCUCGAGCUGUGGAUCCCGGCCUACUUUUCUCCCACCUACUCUUUGGAUACCUCGAAGAAGGAGAAGGCCGGCAUCUUUGUCGGGGACCUCGCCGUGCUCCUGAAUUAUUACUGGAUUCGCAACUAG